AAGAUGAAAAAUGUGUUCAUGAUAUUCAUAAAAUUAUCAGAAAUUGUUCACUUAUUGUGGAAUAUAAACAGUUGAUUAUUUUACUGAAUUAUUCUACAUUUCAGUAUGUUUUGAUUUUACACUCGUCAAAAGCUCAAGAAGUUAAUCAACAUAGAACCAAUACAUCUCAUUUUUAA